AUGAGCCAACCAGUAACCAUCAGUGGUGGCACCAACACCAUCAACAACUACGGUGGUGGUGGUGCCGGUGGAGGGCGGCGCGGGGGCCGUGGGCGUGGACGAGGUGGUCGUUGGGGGCCUCCUUCUCGGCGUCAAGCCAAGAGGGCAGUGCGCCGGGCAGUUAGCAUUGCCCGGCGUGCUGGCCUUGUCGUCGGCCCUGGUGGCCGUACCAGCAACGACGGCGGCAGCUCUACCAACAACGGCGGCGGCAGCUCUACCAACAACGGCGGUGGCAGCUCUACCAACAAUGGCGGCGGCAGCUCUACCAACAACGGCGGUGGCAGCUCUACCAACAAUGGCGGCGGCAGCUCUACCAACAACGGCGGUGGCAGCUCUACCAACAAUGGCGGCGGCAGCCCUACCAACAACGACGGCGACGACAGCUCUACCAUCGGCGGCGACAGCGCUUCCAGCUAUGCGCUGUCGCACCGUGAUCCGAUGGAUCUGCGGGGGGAUUGGUGGGCUCCAUCCCGGCGUCGCUGGGGCUCCGAGCCGCCGCCCGGUGGAAGUAACGACUGGUAA